AUAUAUAUAACUGUGAAUCCUCCGAUCGGAAGUUACUCUCUUCCUUCCUUCCUCCAGAUUUCUUCGUCCAAGUAAAAUGUCUAGUGGGCGCGGUGGUCGUGGUCGUGGUGCCGGAGGUCGUGGAGGGCAGUCAUCUCCGGCAAUUUCUCGCGGUGGUGGUGGUAGAAGUGGCGGAGGUAGAGGUGGUCAAGGCGGUGGUGGAAGAGGUGGUCAAGGCGGUGGGGGAAGAGGUGGUCGAGGCGGCGGUGGGAGAGAUGGAGGUCGGGUGGAUCAUCCGGCUACACAGCAGUUUCCUUCUCCGACUCCUCAGCCUACUCCGGUUGCUUCCCGUCCUCCACUCGAGACAUCUGCGGGAGCAUCUUCUUCAUCUUCUACAACUGCUGCUCUUUCACAGCCGGAGGCUUCUUCUUCGAGGAUCGAGGCACAGUUGGAGAAGACAUUGGUACUGCAGAAUGUUCCGCCGUCUUCAUCUAAGGCUAUGACUGUGGCUAAGAGACCGGGAUAUGGAACCAUUGGGCGCAAAGUUGUUGUUCGGGCUAAUCAUUUUCUGGUACAAGUUGAAGAUAAAGAUCUCUACCAUUACGAUGUUUCUAUUACACCUGAGGUUACAUCCAAAAAGGUCUGCCGAGACAUAAUACACCAGCUUGCAAAAAUGUACAAAGAAUCUCAUUUAGGUGGAAGAUUUCUAGCAUAUGAUGGUGGGAAAAGUGUUUAUGUUGCUGGUGAACUUCCAUUUGUGUCCAAAGAGUUUCUUAUUAAAUUAGUCCGUAAUGAUGAUGCCGGGUCUUCUCAACCAAAAAGGAAAGAACGUGAAUUCAAAGUAACUAUCAAAUUUGCUUCCAAGCCAGACCUCAAUCAUCUACAACAGUUUUUACAUGGACGGCAGCGAGAUGCUCCUCAAGAAACUAUCCAAGUUCUUGAUGUAGUUCUGAGAACUACACCAUCUAUCCAUUGCACAGUUGUUGGAAGGUCAUUUUUCUCAACCGAGUUCGGAAAACCAGGUGAACUUGGUAAUGGUGUUGAGUAUUGGAGAGGAUAUUAUCAAAGUCUGCGACCUGUACAAAUGGGUCUAUCUUUAAAUAUAGAUGUGUCAGCCAGAUCAUUUUAUGAACCAAUAUAUGUGACAGAUUAUAUUUCUAAACAUUUCAAUUUGAGGAAUUUGCGAACAGCAACUGAUCAGGAUUUCCGGAAGAUAAAAAAAGUACUUAGAGGUGUGAAGGUGGCAUUAAUGUGUGGGGAGCAUGCCAGGACGUACAAAAUUACUGGGAUAUCAUCAGAGCCUGUAGACAGAUUAAUGUUUACUCUUGAUAAUCAGAGUACCCGAAUCUCUGUUAGUCAAUACUUUCUUGAAAAAUAUGGUGUUAAGCUCAGGUCAGCAUUUCUACCUGCUAUUCAAGCUGGUAAUGAUGCAAAGCCCAUCUAUUUGCCUAUGGAGCUUUGUAGAAUUGUUAACGGGCAGAGAUAUACCAAAAAGUUGAAUGAACGGCAAGUAACUGAGCUGUUAAGAGCGACUUGUCAGAGACCUGAGAAUAGGGAAUGGAGUAUAAAGACGAUGGUUGAAGGGAAUAGGUAUAAUACUGAUGACAUUGUUAAGGAUUUUGGCAUUGAAGUUAGAUCAGAGUUAUGUAAUGUUGAUGCUCGUGUUUUGCCAUCCCCAUCGCUCAGUUAUCAUGAAACAGGUGGAGAAUCAAGGGUUGAUCCACGGAUGGGUCAGUGGAAUAUGAUUAAUAAGAAAAUGAUCAAUGGUGGUACAGUAGAACAUUGGGCAUGUGUGACCUUCUCCUCACGGUUGGAUAAAGAUUUGCCAUCUGAAUUUUGCAAGCAGUUGGUUAACAUGUGCAGAAGCAAAGGAAUUGCUUUUGCCCCUGCUCCGUUGUUUCCCAUACGUGCUGCACAUCCAAAUCAAAUUGACACUACGCUUAGAGGUAUUCAUAAGGACUCUGUAAACAUUUUGGGACCCAAGGGCAAGUCUCUUCAGCUACUCAUAAUUAUUUUACCUGAUGUUACUGGUUCUUAUGGGAAGAUUAAAAGGAUUUGCGAGACAGAACUCGGAAUUGUUUCACAAUGUUGCCAGCCUAGGCAGGCACAGAAGCUAAACAAGCAAUAUUUUGAAAAUGUGGCUCUUAAAAUCAACGUUAAGGUUGGGGGAAGAAACAAUGUCCUAACUGAUGCUAUUCUUCGUAAAAUUCCUGUUGUCUCGGAGAAGCCUACAAUAAUCUUUGGAGCAGAUGUCACGCACCCGCAACCAGGAGAGGACUCUAGUCCUUCAAUAGCAGCUGUUGUCGCCUCCAUGGACUGGCCUGAGGUAACGAAGUAUAGGGGUAUUGUUUCAGCCCAAGCUCACCGUGAAGAAAUUAUACAAGAUUUGUACAAACAAUUUGAAGAUCCUCAAAGAGGGUUGGUGCAUGCAGGGAUGAUUAGGGAGCUUUUCAUCGCAUUUAGAAGGUCAACGAAUUUGAAACCGCACAGAAUAAUAUUCUACAGAGAUGGUGUAAGUGAAGGACAAUUCUCACAAGUUCUACUUUAUGAGAUGGAUGCAAUCAGGAAGGCAUGUGCCUCCCUUGAAGCGGAUUACCAACCUCCGGUUACCUUUAUAGUCGUGCAAAAGAGGCAUCAUACUCGUCUUUUCCCCACCAGUCGCGAUACUGAUCGGAGUGGAAACAUCCUUCCGGGUACUGUUGUUGAUACCAAAAUUUGUCAUCCAACUGAGUUUGAUUUCUAUUUAAACAGCCAUGCUGGCAUACAGGGAACGAGUAGACCGACACAUUAUCACGUUCUAUUCGACGAAAACAAUUUCAGUGCGGAUGCGAUGCAAAUGCUUACCAAUAAUCUAUGCUACACGUAUGCAAGGUGCACACGGUCUGUUUCCAUUGUUCCCCCAGCAUACUAUGCCCAUCUAGCAGCUUUUCGAGCUCGUCACUACAUGGAGGGUGAUGCAUCCGAUAGCGGUUCCACGGGUUUGGGCGGCGGGAUUGUUCAGGUUCAGCGGAUGCCGAACGUAAGGGAGAAUGUGAAGGAUGUUAUGUUUUACUGCUGAAGGUGUUUUUGGGUGUGGCUGGCUUUUGAUGCACCUCUCCUUUUUAGGGUGGGUCUUAUUUUGGUGCACUUAUGAGUCCCUAAAUUGGUAGAAAAAUACUCUUUUUGGGAUUUUUUUGUUUUGGCUGCUCUGCUCUGCUCUGUUCUGUUCUGUUCUGCUUCUUGUGGCUUAUAUUUUGGGGGGAAUGGGAGUACAUAUCACAUAUAUAAUACUACUACCUGUGGGUGUUACUGUAUGUGCAUGUAAAUACUACUAGUUUUGUAUACCUACCCAGGUUUUACUAUCAACUAUGCAAAUUUUCUGAUUUUAAGGAAAACCAUGCCUACCUAGUUUGUGGCACUAUACA